CAACUAGAUUAAUGAAUAGGAUAUAAGGCCGGGUUAUUUGAUUUAAGUGAAUUUGGUUGUUUUGUUUGUUUGUUUUGAUUGUUUUGUUUGUUUUGUUUGACAUACAUUCAUUUUGAAUACGUUAGAGAUCGUUUAGAUACCUAGUCCAUAUUCCAGAUCAGUGGGUGGCGGUAAUGCACCCGAAAGCUGUUUGCCAAACGCCAAUAAAAUCAAAAGAAGAAGAAGAAAAAGAAGAAUUUUUGGGACAUUUCCGUUCAAAAGUAAUAUUGGCUUUAAAGGUUAUCAUCAAACCUACGCUGAGGUUGUUUUAGUGCAACGCCCGUCGCGAACAUGGGAGCAGAUAAAAGGAUAAGUCGAACAGAGCGUAGUGGUAGAUAUGGUUCUGAUCAAUGCCGUGAUGAAUCAGACUGGCGUGACAGGAGAGAGCGGGAACAGGAGCGUGAUCACAACAUGCGCCGCUGGGGUGAUGAGAGACGUGGAGAUCGUUAUGAAGGAGAUCGUCGAGGAUCAAGAGACAGUCCUCCUGAGCAAAGAGAGAGGAAACGACGCAACAGUGAUAGAUCAGAGGAUGGUUAUCACUCGGAUGGCGACUAUACUGAGCAAGAUUACAGAAGGGAGCCGGGGGAGGAGAAGAAGAGUAAGACCAUCAUGCUAGGGGGUCUGGCGCCGCAUGUUGCUGAGGAUGAUAUUCGUUUUGCCAUAGACCAACUGGAAGGACCCCAGCCAUUGGAUGUCAGACUCAUGAAAAAGAGAACAGGUAUAAGCCGUGGUUUCGCCUUCGUGGACUUUUAUCACUUGCAAGAUGCUACCAGAUGGAUGGAGACCAAUCAGAAACGUCUCGUCAUCCAAGGAAAAGUAGUGGACAUGCAGAUGUAUGAAGACUGGCUGUGCACUUGUGGCCUGUACAAUUUCCGGAGACGGCUGACGUGCUUCAGAUGUGGAGCAGCCAAAGCUGAAAUUGAAGCAGGCAAUAACGCUGCAGUCUCUGAAGCUCAACCCAGUGGAGAUUUUUUUGGCGACACUAUCAUCCUGAGAAAUAUUGCUCCUCUGACCACCAUUGAAGCCAUCUUGACAGCCCUGGCACCGUAUGCUAAUCUCUCAGCCAACAACAUUCGCCUCAUCAAGGACAAGCAAACAGGCCAGAACAGGGGCUUUGCAUUUGUGCAAUUGUCCUCUCCUCUGGAAGCAUCUCAGCUACUGACCAUCUUACAGGGACUGCAGCCUCCCUUAAAACUGGGUGGAAAAACAAUUGGAGUGGAUUUUGCUAAGAGUGCAAGAAAGGACCUACUACUGCCUGAUGGGAAUCGUGUCAGUGCCUUUUCUGUGGCUAGCACAGCCAUUGCUUCAGCCCAGUGGUCAUCAACUCAGCCACAGCAGAGCUCGGAUGGAAUGUCAGAGUACGCCUAUCUGCAAGAAGGCUACGCCCCACUGUCACAGGACUACCACGCAUACUACCAGCAAGGACCAGGACCUAGCACCUCUCAGGGGAAUGGGAUCCUUGGAGGACAAAACGUGUGGAUCAUAGGCUCCAGCUAUGUGCGGAGGGGAGAGGGGAGAGCCCUGGAGACCGUGGGCCCGCACCUCGGGCUGGAUGCCAGGGUCCACUGGUUCGGUUGGGGGGGGCUCAGGUGGCACGACCUGCGCCCCUUUUUAAACGAGUGCCUGAGGCGCAGGGCGGCCCCGGACGUCCUGGUGGUGGUCUGCGGGUCCAACGACCUCGGCCAGAAGAAGACGGUCCAGCUGGUGGCCGAGAUAAAAACAGACCUGCAGGACCUCCACCGGGAAUACCCGCGGAUGACCCUGGUCUGGUCGGACAUCAUGGAGAGGCGCAGCUGGCCCAGCUGCGCCCAGCCGGCCAGGGUCAACAAGGCCAGGAAGUGGGUGAACAGUGUGGUCGGAGCAUUUGUUAAUGAGUUGGGUGGGUUUUCUGUCGGCCACCCUGAAAUUAAAUUCGAAACUCCUGAUCUAUUUGUGCGUGAUGGAGUUCAUUUUUCCACUCUGGGAAAUGACAUUUUUUUAAAUGACUUUUUUCAAGCCCUUAAAGGUAUUCUAUGCAACAAAUCCCUGAUCCCUGAUCAGCUAGCAAGAUUUGAAAGAGGCACCUCUAAGCCCCCCCCAUUCGGCCCGAAUGAUAUGGAUUGGUCCAGGUCCAGGAAGGGAAAGAACCAAUCAGAUGUCUUCAUUUUAAACCACGCCCCCCCGCCCUGUCCCAUGCGCGCACUCACUUCUCGCUUCCAGCCCGACGUGUUCACUUCCCACGGUCUCCCUGGGCUCACAGUGUCCCAGUGUAAUCCCCCCUCCCUCCCUCCCUUCGGCCACGGACCCCAGUAUAUAGAUAUUAUGUAGUUAUUUCCAGAGCAGCUCGGUCUCCGCUGUGUGUGACCGGGGAGCGGGAGCCGUUCGCUGCCGCUGCAGAGGCUGCUGCCUCAGCAGCAGCCCGCGGGGACACGUUAAAAGCCGCAGCCGCUCCGGCUCGGAAGCUGUAUGGGGUCCGUGGGGAUAUAUAGGCGUCUCACGGCGGGAGCGGAGAGCGUCGGUGAACGGCGCGGCAGCGCGCUGCGGUGCCGUGCAGGCUUGUUGCCGCAGCUACGCCGUGGCUUUAGAGCCUGCGGCGCGCUGCCGUGCCGUUCACCGACGCUCUCCGGGAUGGAGACGCCGGUGGGCACGUUUGGGUGGGCACAGCCCCCCCCUGCCCCCCCUAAAACCGGCCUCGCUUACAGGUGAAUGAGACAUGGGGUAGUUUUGCUGUAAAUGUGCUGUCCAAAAUGUUUAAUAAUCGUAUGCGCGUUCGUGUUUGUGGGGGCGAGGCUUUGGACGGAGCGCUCGUG